AAUCAAUCCAUUGUUAUUUGUAGCUAACAUGGUGCUAUUGUUCUAAUAUUUGACUUAAUUUGUGUAUCUAUCUCUGUUCCCAGGUAGCAUCCACUGUAUUUUCCAUGCAACUGGGCACCAUUACACUUGGAAGAAGGUUACCACAACGGUGCACAACAUUAUCGUGGGCAAGUUGUGGAUAGAUCAGUCUGGUGAAAUUGAUAUUGUGAAUCACAAGACGGGAGACAAGUGCAAUCUUAAAUUUGUUCCUUAUAGCUACUUCUCUCGUGAUGUAGCAAGAAAGGUGACAGGGGAAGUGACAGAUCCAUCAGGAAAAGUUCACUUUGCCCUUCUGGGGACGUGGGAUGAGAAAAUGGAUUGUUUCAAAGUACAACCAGUCGUUGGGGAGAAUGGAGGUGAUGCUCGGCAGAGAGGCCAUGAGGCAGAGGAAAGCAGGGUCCUGCUAUGGAAAAGGAACCCUUUACCGAAGAAUGCAGAAAACAUGUACUACUUCUCCGAGCUUGCUCUGACGCUCAACGCCUGGGAAAGCGGCACCGCCCCCACAGACAGCCGAUUGCGGCCUGACCAGAGACUGAUGGAAAACGGGCGCUGGGAUGAAGCCAAUGCUGAGAAGCAGCGCCUGGAGGAAAAGCAAAGACUUUCCAGAAAGAAGAGAGAAGCAGAAGCUAUGAAAGCCACAGAGGAUGGCACUCCCUAUGAUCCCUAUAAGGCGCUGUGGUUUGAGCGGAAGAAGGACCCUGUUACCAAGGAGCUAACCCAUAUUUAUAGGGGAGGAUACUGGGAGUGUAAAGAAAAACAGGACUGGACCUCAUGCCCAGACAUUUUCUGAAAUGGCAGCAACAAAAAGCAGGAGGAUCCAAAGGAGAAGAGGACAGAAGAUGUGCGGGAAAGCGGGCGUUUGGGACUCUGACCGAGCGCUUUCCUCCAGUUUGUCUGUCUUAACCAAUCAUUUUGUCCAAAUCAAUCACCAGAAGCAGACACCAGUGGUGGUGAUUGGCUGGUUGCCUUAGCUGAUUGAAACUGAAAUCAACUCACUAGAUCCCUGUGUUUGGGAGGGAGAGGUUUAGUGGCCGGAACGUAGUGCUGCUCCCCUUCUGCAGAGUCCGGUGGUCUUGGCUCGUCCUUUUCCCUCUGCCCCCACUUUAAGAUGAUGUCGUUCACCCUCCCCUGUAGUAUCCUGCUCAGCCAAGGUCUGUGUGAGGUGAUGAUUCAGGGGCAUUUUGGUGCUGUUCAGAGUGAGAGCUGAAUUUAGAAGCUCCUUGAAUGAGGAACACAUCAGACUUAACCAAUGGAGGCAUCGUGAAUGACCGCAGGGGAGCUUAGGCAUGGCGUCACGAAAUGGGGUCACACACGGGGUCAGUCUCAUGGGGCGUCCAUCCCGAGAUAACUACAGCGUCGGAACAAUUGCAAGGGGGCUUGUUCUGUAAGAUUGGAAUACUCAGACUGACAUUUCUUGGAAAUUUCUAUCCUCACUUGUGUAAAAUACCCUUCUGCUGUCCUCCAUGUUUGACAGCAACCGGAGGCCACUUUGGUGGUUGGUAGGAGGGUUGUGUUAUCCUCACAAGGGAGUUUUAUGGACUUCUUCAGAUGGGGGAACUUCUGAGAGCACAAGGCAGGAUGGAAAAGACUGCUAGCCACUUUGCUUUCCCAGUUCCUCCUCACCCCCAUUCUUCAUUGCCCUUCUUGCUCCUCCCUCCCUCCUCCCCCUUUCUCUCUCUCUCUCUCUCUCUCUGUCUCAGCACAAUACCAGUUUGGGUCUGUGCCCCAGUGUGGAGCAAAGCAUUACCUGUCCCAUUCUGAUAUACUUCAGAAUUUGAGAGAAGGAGUUAAUUUGAAACAAAAGUUUUCACCAUCUCUCAAGCCCCAUGGACUGGAGCCACCUCUCAAAUAAUGUGUUAAAUAUCUGUAUAUUAUAUAUAUGUAGAGAAAAA